AAAAAUUAGUAAAUUCGACUCGGUUUUAGAGGCGGUGCCAUCGCCAAGCGGUAGGAUCUGUGUGACAGUGCAGGGUACAGCUUUAGGUUGAGGGGCAGCGAGAGGAAAGAAUUUCUCCCGAUACCGCUAUAUACUCGUACCACUAUUCCAUCGUAACAAACAUCAGCUUAAUUCAAACUGUUAUCAUUUCUACACCGUGCUGGGAAUUCGCGAAGGUUGCUACAGUGAAGAAUAUUUACCACUCGCCUGCAGGACUUAAUCAGACUACAACGUUACUGUUAGUCGAACUUUCCCCAUUUUAUUUUGGAUUGUCUUGCAGUUUGAUUUUUUAUUUUUUUUGUCCUCCACGUUUUUAAUUCCAACCGGCUGACAUUUACAUGAUUUUCUAAUCUGCGGGUAUCCUAGUCCUUUUUCAAAAUUAAGAGCGUUUUUACGGAAAGUUUUAUUUUCAUUUCUAUUUUUGGGGGGGAGCGUUACAGUUUUUCACGAUGAACAAGCUAUACAUUGGAAAUCUCAAUGAAAACGUGACCGCAGAAGACUUGGUUAAAACCUUUGAAGAUUACAAGAUUCCAUACUCUGGACAGUUUCUCAUGAAAACUGGCUAUGCGUUUGUUGAUUGCCCGGACGACCAAUGGGCAAUGAAAGCGAUUGAAACAUUUUCUGGUAAAGUGGAACUUCACGGCAAACGAAUUGAGGUCGAACAUUCUGUCCCUAAAAAGCAGAGGACCAGAAAACUUCAGAUCAGAAACAUUCCGCCACACCUACAGUGGGAGGUUCUUGAUGGUCUGCUUGCCCAGUAUGGAACUGUUGAGAACUGUGAACAAGUGAAUACAGACAGUGAGACUGCAGUUGUGAACGUCACAUAUGGGACACGGGAGCAGGCUAGACAAGCUAUUCAGAAGCUCAACGGUUACCAGUUUGAGAACAACGCCCUGCGUGUGUCAUACAUCCCCGACGAGAACUCUGAGGUCGACUCUCAACGAGGCCCAGACAAUGGCCGUCGUCCCGGAUACGGUCCACGAGGAAACUCCCGCCAGAUGUCGCCUGGUUCGGGAAUCCCCUCCAAACAUCAGCACGCUGACAUCCCUCUCAGACUGCUAGUGCCUACACAAUACGUGGGUGCCAUCAUUGGCAAGGAGGGCGCCACCAUCCGUAACAUCACCAAGCAGACCCAGAGCAAGAUUGAUGUGCAUCGUAAAGAGAACGCAGGUGCUGCCGAAAAGCCCAUAAGUAUCCACUCUACCCCAGAGGGCUGUUCAGCUGCCUGUCGCAUGAUCCUGGAAAUCAUGAACCAGGAGGCCAAGGACACCAAAACUGCUGAUGAGGUGCCUCUGAAGGUUCUUGCUCACAACAACUUUGUUGGCCGUUUGAUUGGCAAAGAGGGACGCAACCUGAAGAAAGUGGAACAGGACACUGAUACCAAGAUCACAAUUUCACCACUGCAGGAUCUGACCCUUUAUAACCCAGAGAGGACCAUUACAGUGAAGGGCUCGAUCGAAGCGUGCUGCCUGGCGGAACAGGAGAUCAUGAAGAAAGUGCGGGAGGCAUAUGACAAUGACAUUGCUGCCAUGAAUCAACAGACUCACCUGAUCCCUGGACUAAACCUGGGAGCCAUUGGCCUCUUCCCGCCGUCCUCGGCCAUGCCGCCUCCUGCCCUCGGAAACUCUGUGCCUGGUCCUCCCUAUGGCCCUAUUGGGGCCUGUGAACAGGAGACUGUCCAUGUGUACAUCCCAGCCCAAGCUGUGGGAGCCCUUAUUGGCAAGAAGGGACAGCAUAUCAAGCAGCUAAGCCGUUUUGCUGGAGCAUCUAUUAAGAUUGCCCCUGCAGAGGCUCCAGACUCGAAAAUGCGAAUGGUCAUAGUGACGGGGCCACCUGAGGCCCAAUUCAAGGCUCAAGGCAGAAUAUACGGUAAGCUGAAGGAGGAGAACUUCUUUGGCCCCAAAGAGGAGGUGAAGUUGGAGACGCACAUCAAAGUAGCAGCUGCAGCAGCAGGAAGGGUCAUCGGAAAGGGCGGGAAAACUGUGAAUGAGCUGCAGAACCUCACCGCUGCUGAAGUAGUGGUUCCCCGAGAGCAAACCCCUGAUGAACACGACCAGGUCAUCGUCAAAAUCAUCGGCCACUUUUACGCAAGUCAGUUGGCACAGAGGAAGAUCAGGGACAUUUUGACACAAGUCAAGCAGCAGCAGAAAGGAGGUAUGGGAGUCCAGCAGGGGCCCAAUCCACAGGGCAUGACUGAGCUGGGGUCCCCGCAGGGACUGGCACAAGAACCCAGGAGGAAGUGAGAGGCCGGGGCAGCUAUCCAGUCAGACGGACAGACAAAUGGGAGGACAAACAAGCGGACUGACUGAGAGAGAGAGUGACACACAGACCCAGCGGUAGACAGGGAGAAAUGAGCAGCAAACUGAGAGGGAAUUAAAAAGAGAACAAAAGACAAAAAAAAAUAUGCCUGAGAGCAAAAGAGGACACAAGUUUAGUGAAAAUGAACAAGAAAAAAAAGAGAGAGUGAUUUUUCUAAAGAAGAGAGAUGACUAGAAAACAGAGACCAGAUGCCAGGCCAGGUGGAGUGACUGAGGAUGGCGAGGAGGUCCGUCAGUGCGGGGCGCCCUCUGGUGAGAGCUUUUAUACAUAGCCGCUUCUUAGGAAUAGGGCAUAAUGAUGGUCCCGCAAAAGUGUGUAUUCCUAAAGGAUUUCAGCUACAUAGGACCCUCAGCCAUCAGCAGUCACUUCAAAAAUUUUAACUGUGUUUUUUUUAAAGAUAGAGAUAUAUGUAUAGAAAUGUUUAUUCAGAGGUAUUAUUAAUGAAAUGCAGUGAGGUAGAGAUGGGAGAGAGAGAGCGCAGAGAACCAGUCGCAAUUUAUUUGUGGGCGUGGUCACCAAUCAGGUGAUUUCUCCCUACCUAUCAGAGAUGAGGGGAGGGGCCAAAGUUGUUAACACUGCUCUUGAAGUCCCCCACGCUAAACUGUGGGGGUGACGAGAUGAAAAAAAGAUUAAAAAAUGAGGUUGUAAAUAUAAUCUUCAUGACUUUGAGUUGAGAUGCUGCACGUUUAACCGUCUACAAUCGCGUACCUGGUUUGAGAGGGUUGCUUGCGCCAUUUUUUGGAGGCUUCCCUUUUAGGCUGCGUGCCGUUUGGCCGGCGGGACGUGCGGCGAGAGUUCAGUAAGCGUGUGGGCUAAAGUUGACCUCUGCAGUUGUAUUGCAGUGGCUCAGCUUUGACGUGCGGAAGGCCAACAUUUCCGCCCUAAACCACGCCGGCGAUGAUCGCUGCAGCGCCGCUCACACCCAAACGGCAUAUUUUAUAUAUAUUAUAUAUAUAUGAUAUGUGAGUUAACCUGGCCCCUCAUUGCAUUGGAGCAGGGAGACGAUGAAAUGGAGCGUACCGUAAUUUCAGAAAACAGAUAUAGAGCAUUUUUUUAAAAAGUGUUCUCUUUUAGGAAUGUGAGAUUUACAUAUUCGCAUUUUUAAAAAGCAAUCGUCAUCUGUAAACCUGGUCUUCAGAUGUAUUGUUCUGAUUUUCCUGAGAAUAACAAUGCUGUAAAAAUAUGCAGAGACCGAAUCAAGUAAGGACAGUCGUCCUGAAUGCCAGGUUUGAUUGACAGGUACAGCCUCCACAAACCUGCCUUUAGGUCAAAGGUCAAGAACAGGUGACAGCAGUAUGGUUUCUGUGCUCUCUCUCGCCCACUUUGUUCGACAUUUGCCGAUGAGGUUGCCAGGGUCCUGGCCUUUCUCACUGAACUUAGAACAGAUUAGAUAAAAUGAAUUAAGAAAAAAACAAAAAUACUACCUCAGGGUAUUGUUACCUCAGUAUUCCUAAUUUCGUUCUUCUUUUCUUUUUAAUUUUUCCCCACUUAUAUAUAUUUUUUUUUUUGCUUGCUGGUGUUUUAUAUAAAAGCUGAUAGUCUUGAAUAUUUUAUUUUUUUAAGGAAGAAAUAUUUUAAAUUUUUUUUCCCUUUAUUUUCUUUUUUGGUAUGCGUGUAUGCGAGAGUGUAAUUGAGGUUUUUUUUCCCCUCACCUGAGCUCAGAAGGACUCCCAGGAAAAGUGAUGAAUUGUUUUUGUGAGUCUCGCAGCCUUUAGGCCAGCCUGGGGGUCUUCGAAGAGUCGCACUUGAAAUCAUUGGCCAAUGGGACGUAGGACGGAUCUUACCAUCUCUUACUGGUGCAUAAUGAAUGUUGCCAUACCACAGGAAUUUUAAUUUUGACGCAAACGCGUAUGUUUGUUGUGCAAGCUGACUAUAGAAAACUAAAAAUGGCCUUUUCUCCUAA